AUGCCCCUCGUUGAAAUGGAGGCGACGACAUCCCAUCCCACGAUGGUCGCCAAAACCCCCUCUUCAACCCUCCCUGGUGAGGCCGAAGUGGCUUCUCUUCUCAAAGCCAUAUUUGAAGCCCAAACCUCUCAACAGUCGCUCGACGCCGCCUACGCCCUCACGAACCUCCUCAUCCAGAGUGCCGGAGUUCGUGGGCUGCACAGUUAUAAUCUGCAGCGCGAAAUCAAGAAAGCAGCGACGGAUAAAAAGAGUGGAGCUAAGAGAGAAAGUGCUAUGUUGAUACUGGGUGCCCUGUUUGAAAGAUUCCCGCCGGAACACCCCCUGAGCGAAGUUGUUUUUCUGAUUGAAGAUGGAGGCAUGCUUUCCCUGGCCUUGGACCUGCUUGCGGAUAAGGGAGCGGUGGUUCGCGAGUCUGCUCAGUAUGCGGUUGACGCUUUGUUUUCGUGCCUGAAGGAGGAAUCGCUGGUUGCUGCUUUGCUCCCAGCGCUGAUUAGGUAUCUCAGCAAACCGACUGGGAAAUGGCAAGGCACGGUGGGCGCAUAUAAACUCUUGGAAAAGAUGGCCAAUAAGGCCAAAAUGGGAACCGACUCUAAGGAGAAAGAAUUGUUGAAGGAUUUACUUCGUGAGUCUAUGGGAAAGACAUUGAAGGAUCUCAUUCCCAUUGCCGAGUCUGGAAUGCACGACCUGAAAAACGAAGUUUCGAAGCAGGCUGUGAAAACUAUGCUCGCUCUCACCACCUUGAUCGACAACGACGAUGUUGCACCCAGAAUCCCUCUCCUUCUCACCGCGAUGGAAAAGCCGUCCGCCGAAACCCUUCAGAAAGCGAUUCACGCCCUCUCCCAAACAACCUUUGUUUCCGUUGUAACAUCUCCUGUGCUUGCUCUGCUUACGCCGCUUCUUGAGCGAUCUCUUAAUACACCAACCACUACUCAGGAGGUGCUUCGACAAACCGUGAUUGUUGUGGAGAAUCUCACCAAGCUCGUUCACGACCCGGUCGAGGCAAGAGCAUUCUUACCAAAGCUGAAACCCGGUGUGCAGCGUGUAAAGGAUGGAGCUUCUUUACCGGAGGUACGUGAGAUCGCCACAAGGGCGAUGGAUGUGAUUCAAAAGGCCAUGGGAGAAGAUGGCGUGGCGGCAGGGUCCGUGCCACAAACAACGACCGAUGAAGUUUUGAAGGUGUUGGAGGCCGAAGUUAAAGUGAGUGGUGGUAUUGUUCGAGCUGAGGACUUGUCUUUCUGGAACGCCACCAAGGGAUACAUUGCUGAAAUGGUACGCGACGAUGCGAAUUCUCGUCAGCUCGAUCGCGUUCCCCUUUGCGUCACUCCAUACCUUCGGUCACUGGUCAACGAGGAUCGAGAAGAGGCUAUAACCUCCGCUAUCAAAGGUUAUUUAAUUGGGGAAGACCAGCGAAAAUACGGAGUUCCCGUUCAGGAGGAUGAUGGCGAGAUUGAAAUCGUGAAUGCUGAUUUCUCACUUGGUUAUGGUGGUCGACUUCUCCUGUCUCAUGCCAACUUGCGAUUGCUCAAAGGCCAUCGAUAUGGUCUGUGUGGACGAAACGGCGUCGGAAAAUCAACCCUUAUGCGCAGCAUUGCUGAAGGAAAACUGGAAGGAUUCCCUCCGAAGGACGUUCUUAAAUCUUGCUUUGUCGAACACAACCAAGGUGAAGAUGCCAGACAGAGCGUAUUGGAAUUUCUUACAAACGACCCUGAACUGGCUGGAGCUGGCUCUGAGAUAAUUGCAGGAGCACUCAACGAAGUUGGCUUUACACCAGGGCCCGAUGGGAGACAGCAGCAAGCGGUCAGCUCACUUUCCGGUGGAUGGAAAAUGAAGCUGGCCCUCGCACGUGCGAUGAUUAUGAAGGCCGAUGUGCUGCUCCUCGACGAACCUACCAACCAUCUUGACGUUGCCAAUGUCAAGUGGCUGGAGGAAUAUUUGCAGCAACACACUGAAAUCACCAGCUUAAUCGUCAGUCACGACUCCGGCUUUUUAGAUGCAGUGUGCACAGACAUAUACCAUUAUGAGCAAAAGAAGUUGGUGUUGUAUAAGGGUAAUCUUGCAGCAUUCGUAAAGGUUCGACCAGAAGCGAAGAGUUAUUACACCUUGUCUUCUAUCAAUGCAAACUUCAAAUUUCCUCCUCCCGGUAUUCUCGCGGGUGUCAAGUCACAGACUCGCGCCAUUCUCAGGAUGACGAACGUUUCAUAUACUUAUCCUUCUAAUUCGAAACCCUCACUUUCUGAGGCGUCUUGUUUGCUCUCUCUAUCAUCUCGAGUGGCAAUUAUCGGCGCCAACGGUGCUGGAAAAUCAACACUUAUGAAGCUGCUAACUGGUGAACUUAUUCCACAAACCGGAAGAGUCGAAAAACACCCGAACCUGCGAAUUGGGUAUAUCAAGCAGCAUGCCUUGGAGCACGUGGAAAUGCACAUGGAAAAAACGCCCAACCAGUAUCUGCAAUGGCGCUAUGCAAACGGUGAUGACCGCGAAGUCUUGAUGAAGCAAACUCGCGUGCUUACUGAAGAGGACCGUGCACAGAUGGAAAAGCCAGUGGACCUGGGAGACGGCAAAGGUGCGCGCCGCAUUGAAUGCCUAAUGGGAAGGCAGAAGUAUAAGAAAACUUUCCAAUAUGAAGUGAAAUGGGUCGGCCUGCUGCCCAAACACAAUACGCAGAUCUCUCGCGAAACACUCCUUGAUCUUGGAUUUGCCAAGCUUGUCCAGGAAUUUGAUGAUCAUGAAGCAUCCCGAGAAGGGCUUGGCUACCGGGUCCUUGAACCAAAAGUGAUCUCAAAACAUUUUGAAGACAUCGGUCUUGAUCCCGAGAUUGCCAACCAUAACGAAAUCUCCGGCCUCUCCGGCGGUCAAAAAGUCAAAGUUGUGCUAGCAGGUGCCAUGUGGAACAACCCGCAUCUCCUCGUCCUCGACGAACCUACCAACUUCUUGGAUCGCGAUUUCUUAGGCGGACUUGCGGUUGCAAUUCGAGAGUUUAAGGGCGGCGUUGUUAUGAUUUCCCACAAUGAAGAAUUCGUUGGCGCACUCUGCCCUGAACAGUGGUUCGUCGCCGACGGGCGGAUCACUCACAAGGGUAGUAGUGCUGUUGCGCUGGACCGCUUCGAAGACAGCUCCCACGCUCCGAGCACGGUGGCUAGCAGUGUUGUCUCCAGCGCAAACGCGUCGGCCGUCAAUUCCGGAACUGAAGACACCGGGGAAUUGAAAUUCAGGGCGAAGAAGAAGAAGAAGCUGACAAGAGCACAAGUGAAGGAGCGAGAAGUUAGACGAAGGCUUCGACACAUUGAAUGGUUGAAUAGCCCAAAGGGUACGCCGCAUCCACCGGAUACAGAUGACGAGGCGUAG